GUUCCCGCUUUCUCUCCGAAACUUCAUUUUCUCUCCCGUUCCGUUUUCCUCCUAACUCUGCCUCUCUCUCUCUCUCUCUCUCUAUCUCUACGCCACCGUCCUCUGGAAUUCCGAUUUCAUUUCUCUCCGACCCGGCGUGAAAGGGAGGAGUUGAGUUGAGUUGAGUUGAUCUGGGAGGUCAGGAAGGUAGUGGCGUACAGGAUUUGGUGUGGAAUCAUUUUGGAAGAAAGAGCUUGGUAGUUGCGGCAGUGAGACAAUAUCUUGAAUUUUGGAUCGGUGUGUGGUUUUUAAUGGCGUCGUCUCUGUUUCUGAAUCCUGUGGCGAGUUCUGAGCGAUCGCGUGAUUCGUCCAGAAAGAAAAAGAAGAAGAAAGAGGCGAGGGAGGACGGUCGUCAAGAUCAGGAUCACUUGAAGUGGAAAUCGCAAGCGCAGCAUCAAAUUUACUCGUCGAAGCUGUUGCGCGCCUUGAGUCAGGUCAGGAUCAGUUCUCCUUAUUCCCCGUCGGCGCCGAACGAGAUGCCACGGCGUGGCCAAGCCGUUCGGGAGGCGGCGGAUACGGUUCUGGCGAUGACGGCGAAAGGAAGAAGUAGGUGGAGCAGAGCAAUCUUGACGAACCGUCUGAAGCUCAAGUUUCGAAAGCACAAUCGGCAGAAGGCGCGUGUGAGUGGAAGCAGCCGAACGAAGAAGCCGAGAGUUAGCGUUUUGCGGUUGAAAGGGAAGGGAUUACCUACUGUACAGAGAAAAGUCCGGCUUCUCGGCCGGCUGGUUCCCGGCUGCCGGAAGCAACCGCUGCCGGUGAUUCUGGAUGAAGCAACUGAUUACAUACCCGCACUGGACAUGCAGAUCCGAGUCAUGAGCGCCAUAUUCAACCUGGUUUCAAGCUCUUCGUCUUCUCCUGGUAUGGAUUCUUCCAUCUCCCAACCUUCUUCUACCUGAUUAGCACACACUCACCGGCUGCAGUUUUCUCUUCCCAGAAAAUAAUUGAAAAUAAAAGGAAAAAAAAAAAAAUCCCCUUCCUCUCCUUCUGCUUCUCUUCUGCAUGUAAUUUCGUGUCAAUAUAUGAAUAUAUAUCGAGUUCUUGCA